AUGGAAAGUUCAACAACAACAGCUGAUGAAGCUAAAACUGUUCAGCUUCUAGCCAAAGGAAUUAUGGAACUCUAUGAACCUCCUCUAACGACUAUCAAUACCCAUUUAAAAGAAUUAACAGAAAAACAAGAAGCAGUUCAUGGUAUGUUAACAUCUGAACGAAGAAAGUUAGAAGACUUGCAGAAUGACGCCAUGCUUGAUGCAUUAUUAGCAGAUAUAGCAACGAACAAAGAAAAGUUGUCAUCUAUUUCAAAUUCUAUGAUGGCAUUGCACAAAAGGGUCCAAUCACUUCAGACAAGAGCUGCAAACGUUGAAAAGGUCGCGAAAUCUAAAGCAGCUAACAAAGGUGGAGUAUCAAGUAGUUAG